AUGACAGAAGAUAUAAAAAACAUUUACAUAGAUGAUAGUGGAAAUAUGCAAUUUGGUGAUUAUAUUUUAGAAGAAAUGUCAGAAACAAAAGUACUUGAGGAGGAAAACACUUUAACUCAAAUAUUAAAAAAGUUAGUGGAAAAAGAUUCUGGUCAACAGAACUUAAAAAUAUUAUCAGAAAAAUGUAUUAUUAAACAAUACACAUGUGAAAACGCAAAUGCAGAUCAGUGGAUUGAAUCAUUUCAAAAAGAGUGUGAACGUUUUAAUAUCACAGAAGAUGAGAAGAAAAUUGAAACGCUCAGAUAUUUUUUGGAUAAACCCACUUUGGACUGGUACACUUCUAUGAUGCUAAAAGUAACGAUAAAGGCAGAUUGGAGUAUAUGGAAAAGCAAGUUCUGUGAAACAUAUGUCAACAAAGGAUGGAAUCCGAUUACAUAUGCACUAUCGUUUAAAUACAUGGAAGGCUCCUUGGUGGAUUAUGCAGUAAAGAAAGAACGACUUGUGCUAGAAGUAAGGAAAACAAUAGAUUUGAGAACUCUGAUUGAUAUUAUAGCAGUUGGUUUACCAAACUACAUACUACAUAGAAUUGACAGGGAGAGUUUAAAAGAAACAGAAGAUUUGUUUAAUGAACUGAAUAAAUAUGAGUAUUUAACAAGGAAUAAAAAUUUUAAGGUAGGAAAGAAUACAAUUAAAUCAAAUUAUGAGGAAACAGUAAAUGUAAAAGAACCAUGUAAAACCUGUAAAAAAUUAAAUAAAGGUACCCGUUUCCACCCAGAAGAGAAAAGUUGGUUUAAAAUAAAAGAGGAUGAAAAAUAUAAAAAGUAUCCUAUCAGACAAGUAAAUACUUCUAUAAUUGAAGCUGAUUUGAUUGAAGAGAACCAAAAAAAAACGAAUAAUCACACCAUUAAUCAAAAUAAAACUACUAUUGAAUGA